CCAGGCGAGUGCGGGAAUGUCAUACCCAGGAUAUCCUCCUUCAGGCUACCCAGCUUUUCCCGGUUAUCCUCCUACAGGACAAGAGUCUGUUUUUCCACCUGCUGGUCAGUAUUCUUAUCCUGCUGUACCUGGAGGCUUCCCACCCAUGGGAGGCAGUGAAUAUAAUGCAGCUCCACCAACUGGGGAGUUCCCAGGGAUUGCAGGCUACCCAACUGCACCUGGUGGGUAUCCUCCUGCACCUAGUGGAUAUGCUGGAGUACCUCAGCCUGGUGGCAUGCCAACUUAUCCUGGAGGUGCUGGUUUUGGAGUACCCCCCACCAGUUCUGGUUUUGGCUAUCCACAGCCUCAAGCCCAAACUUAUGGUGGAGGUGGAUCAGUGCAAAUACCAGCUGGGUAUCCUGGUGGACAAACACCAUCAACACCCCUGCAGCCUGCAGCAGUGACUCAGAGCAUGCAGGGCACAAUUCGACCAGCUCUUAACUUUGAUGCAGGGAGGGAUGCAGAGAUUUUGCGCAAGGCUAUGAAGGGAUUUGGUACGGAUGAACAAGCAAUCAUUGAUGUUGUGGCCAACCGUUCCAGUGAUCAGAGGCAACAAAUUAAAGCUGCUUUCAAGACCAUGUAUGGCAAGGAUUUAAUUAAAGACCUGAAGUCGGAGCUUAGUGGGAAUAUGGAAGAGUUGAUCCUUGCGUUGUUCAUGCCACGUACUUACUAUGAUGCUUGGAGUUUAAGGCAUGCAAUGAAGGGUGCAGGUACCCAAGAAAAUGUAUUGAUUGAAAUUCUUUGCACAAGAACAAAUCACGAGAUUCGAGAAAUAGUCAGGUGUUACAAGAAUGAAUUUGGAAGAGAUAUUGAGCAUGAUGUUCGGGCUGAUACAUCUGGUCACUUCGAACGAUUACUUGUAUCUAUGUGUCAGGGUAAUCGGGACGAGAAUCAAACUGUAGAUUAUCAAAAAGCUCAGCAGGAUGCUCAACGACUUUACCAAGCCGGGGAAGGGAAACUGGGAACAGAUGAGUCUUGCUUCAAUAUGAUCCUCGCAUCUAGAAGCUUCCCUCAGCUGAAAGCCACUGUGGAAGCCUAUUCGCAGAUAGCUAACCGUGAUUUAUUAAGCAGUAUUGGCCGGGAAUUUUCAGGAAAUGUAGAGCGUGGCUUGAAGACUAUUUUACAGUGUGCUCUGAAUCGCCCAGCCUUUUUUGCAGACAGACUUUAUCAUGCCAUGAAGGGAGCUGGGACAGAUGACUCCACCCUGGUUAGAAUUAUUGUAACUCGCAGUGAGAUGGAUCUUGUACAGAUCAAACAGCUGUUCACACAGAUGUACCAGAAGACUUUGGCCACCAUGAUAUCAAGUGACACAAGUGGGGACUACAGACGCUUGCUCUUGGCCAUCACUGGCCAGUAGAGAGACUCUCAGAAAGCAAUGCAGGAGCUGCAAACAGCCAUCACUACUUAUAAAAAUACAAAUUAUCUUAGACAAAUAAAUAUGCAUUGGUUGACUGGGAUCUUUUAUUUUGCACAUAUAAUUGCCUUAAUUUAGCACAUCAUGUACUUUACAAUAAACAUGUGCUGACUGAA